CCGCACCGCACUACACUGCUCCCCUCCUCUCUUUCUCCCUCUACCCUCUCUCCCCACCUCUGCUGCAUCUCAACGCCUGCUGUUGGACGUCAAUGCCUGCGUCCUGUGAAUUGCCCUAAUUGCCCACUCCAAUUCCCUCCCUGCAUAGUCGUCCACUGCCCGGGCUUGGGGCUUCCUAUUCACUCAUAGCCAACCAUGGCCGCCAACGCCAACGACACCACCAAGUCGGGCGAGACUCCCGCGACCGCGACCGCUCCAGUCGACAAGGCCUCUGGCAAUGAGCAGACCGAUGGCGCAGACCAAGACGAUCGGGCCAAUGGCCAGCAGCCAGAUAACAUUUUCCAGGUCACCAUCAAGCUUCCCCAUGAGCCCUUCGAGAUGCCCAUGACUAUCUCGACGGCAGAGCAGGUGCAGGAUCUCCGCCAGUCCAUCAUCGAGAUGCCGCAUACCUUCCAGUACUCGUGCUUCCACCUCGAGCACAACGGCGAGCGCAUCAACGACUACGUUGAGCUGUCCGAAGUCAAGGACCUCAAGCCCGACUCGGUCUUGACUUUGGUCGAGGAUCCCUACACGGAGAAGGAAGCCAGGCUCCAUGUCGUCCGCGUGCGUGAGCUCAUUGGUGCUGCUGGCGACCGCACCGAUGCGCUGCACGGCCUCAUGGCUGGCCUCUCGCUCCACGACACUGUGGGCCAUGAGCACAUCUUGAAGCCUAAGCAAGAUGGCCCCGAGCAGUCGCCAUUGGCCGACUACGACUUUAAGACGUCCGGCGCCGUCAAGAACCUACUACCCCCGGCCCCAGAAGCGGCGCCAAAGACGAUCAAGUCGAUUGCCGUCUCGCCCUGGAACCCACCCCCGUACCACCUUAGGUCCAAGGGUCAUCUGCUGUACCUCGUAGUCACCACCAACGAGAACGAGCAGCACCACAUUACCAGUCACGUUUCUGGUUUCUACGUCAACAAGUCGUCCAACGCCAGUUUUGAUCCCUUCCCGCGACAGGCACCAAAGGACAAGCGCGCCCACUCGCUCCUUACCCUGCUUGAAGAGCUGUCUCCCUCUUUCCGCACUGCAUUCCCUGAGCUGCUCGAGCACAAUGCGAAGAAGGAGCUGCUUACCAUCUUCCAGCUCUCCAACGCCAUCCCUGCCAACCCAUGGCUAGUCCCUGCGCCCAACUCGGCCCUCACCCCACAUCAGCCAGAUCUCGCCCGCACACAGGAGAGCUACCUGAUUUCCGGCGUUGAGAACACUGAGACGCUCCGUGAUUGGAACGAGGAGUUCCAGUCCACCCGCGAGAUGCCCAAGGAGGCCGUCCACGACCGAGUCUUCCGCGAGCGCCUUACGUCUAAGCUAUUUGCUGACUACAACGACGCUGCCACUCGUGGUGCCAUGUUGGUAGCUCGUGGAGAGAUUGCGCCCCUGAACCCAACAGAGGCCAAGGAUGCGCAAAUCUUCGUCUACAACAACAUCUUUUACUCGUUCGGCGCCGACGGUGUUGGCACAUUCGGCGCUGAAGGUGGAGAUGAGGCAGCUCGUGUUGCUGUGGGCAAGGAUGUGUUUGGUGUGCGCGCGGUCAACAACCUCGACAUUCCUAACCUUUUUACUUCUGGAACCGUCGUUGUUGAUUAUCAAGGAAAGCGCAUUGUGGGCCAGAGCAUAGUUCCAGGUAUCUUCAAGCAGCGCGAUCCUGGUGAGCACCAGAUUGACUACGGUGCGGUUGAGGGCAAGGAAAUCGUGGCAGACGACAAGUCCUUUGUUCCUCUUUUCGAACAGCUAUCCAAGGCUCUGCGCGUCAAGAGGCACCCGGUUUGGGACAAGGACAAUGUUCGCCACGAACUGGAAGGCAGUGUCGAGACUAAGGGUUUGAUCGGUACUGACGGUAGGCGAUAUGCCUUGGAUCUCUACCGCCUCACCCCGCUCGAUAUUUCAUGGAUAGAGGCACACUGGACUGAGCCUGGAGAGGAGGGCGAGUCAAAGCCGAAAGAUAAGGACUAUCCCCACCGAAUGGCCACUUUGCGCCCAGAGCUGGUCGAGUCUUAUGGCCGAGUCAAGCUCCGCGAAUACGUCAAGAAUGAGCUUGCCAAAAAGGCCGAGGCUAAGAAGGAAGCCAAGGAUGAGGAGAGCUCAUCGGAAGAAGAGUCCUCAGAAGAAGAGGACUCCGAGGAAUCGGAUGAUUCCGAUGAAUCCGAAGAAGAAGAGGGCGCCGAAAAGAAGCCUAAGGAGAAGAAGUUGACCAAGGAACAGAAGAAGGCUGCAAAGAAGGCUGCCGCUGAGAAGAAGCCUGAUGAGGACCCAGAACAGGAGCGCGUCGACAUCUCUGGCUUCUCCUUUGCCCUCAACCCCGAUGUCUUCUCUGGCCAGAACCCCCAAUCGGAAGAGGACAAGAAGGAGUGGGCUCAGGACGAGGCCGAAGUCCGCGCUGCUUGUGAGCACCUCACAUCCGAGGCCAUUCCUCGCAUGAUCCAGGAACUCAAAGAGGGCGAAGUUGGUUUCCCAAUGGAUGGCCAGUCUUUGAGCAACCUCUUGCACAAGCGGGGUGUAAACAUUCGCUACCUUGGCAAGCUUGCAGAGUUGGCUGACAAGCCUGACCCAAGGCUCCAGGCACUUAAGCGUCUGCUUAUCCAGGAAAUGAUCGCGCGUGGUUUCAAGCACUUUGCCAACUCCAAGUUGCGCAAUGUGCCUGCACCUUUUGCUGCCCCAGCGGCCGCGCACCUGCUCAACUGCCUUCUGGGGGCCGAAGUGAGCACCAAGCCUGUGCCUGAGGGCGAUGCUAGCCUCAAGUCCAUGUACACCGAGGCUGACUUCAGCUUUGAGCAGCUCACACCAGAGACGCUCAAGAAGGAAGUCGUGGCCCAGGUAGCUCUGCGAUUCCGCUAUGACCUGGGCGAGUCGUGGGUCGAGUCUGGCAAGGAGCUGCAGAUGCUUCGUGAGGUCUCACUGAAGUUGGGACUUCAGUUGGAGAGCAAGCAGUACGCCUUCACUAAGGAAGCUUUUGCUGCCAGCGCCCCGGCCGAGAAGCCAGCUGCACCCCCGACCAACGGCCAAGCAACAACUUCUAGCAAGAAGAAGAAGAACAAGAACACACCACCAGCACGUGCGGCUAGCCCAACAGUGGCCCUCCCGCAGCAGACAUUCCACGCUGAUGACAUUCUGAACAUUGUUCCUAUCAUCAAGGAGGCUUCGCCAAAGAGCCUGCUGGCCGAAGAGGCGCUCGAGGCUGGUCGCAUGUCUGUUGCUCAGGACCAAAAGGAGCUCGGACAGGAGUUGCUUCUUGAGUCACUGCAGCUACACGAGCAAAUUUACGGUGUACUUCACCCCGAGGUAGCCAAGGCCUACCACACAUUGUCCAACCUACUCUUCAACCUAGAAGACAAGGUUUCGGCUCUUGAACUCGCACACAAGGCCGUCAUUGUGUCUGAGCGCACUCUGGGUGUUGACCAUGCCGACACUCUGCUCGCCUAUCUCAACCUAGGUCUCUUUGAGCAUGCCUCGGGUAAUACCAAGGCUGCUCUUGUCUAUCUGCGCCAUGCACUUGAGCUGUGGAAGAUUAUCUAUGGACCUGACCACCCUGACUCCAUCACUACGCUUAACAACGCCGCUGUCAUGCUGCAGUCGAUGAAGCAAUACCACGAGUCUCGCAUCUGGUUCGAGGCAUCCCUCGCCAUCUGUGAAGAAGUGUCUGGAAAGAACUCGAUCAACACUGCUACUCUGCUCUUCCAGACCGCGCAGGCCCUUGCCCUCGACAAGGACAUGCGUGGUGGUGUCAACCGCAUGCGCGAGUCGUAUAACAUCUUCAAGGAGGUUCUUGGCCCUGAUGACCGCAACACCAAGGAAGCUGAGAGCUGGCUCGAGCAGCUCACUCAGAGCGCUGUCUCCCAGGCUAAGCAGCUCAACGAUAUCGCCAAGGGACGUAUCCGGGCGAUGCCACUCCCUGGCCGCAACCCUCUCCGUCCCGCUGCCGCUGCACCUUCUGCAAGUGAUGCUGCAGCUGCUUCAGCCAGCCAGCGAAGCGGAAACAGCCGUGUCGAUCAGCGCAAGAUUGAGGAUCUUUUGAAGUAUAUUGAGGGAGAUACACAAAAGACCCCAUCGAAGAAGAAGACUCAGGCGAACCCUAGGAAGAGGACGAAGUAGAUUUGAUCAGUCAUUUCUCUUCUGGAAUCUUUGCGAUCAAAAGUUAGGCGCUAAAAGUACCCAUCUGUCGCAUUGUGGCACCGCAUCCAUGAACUGUGGCCACGAAUUUGCGAUGUUCACGUGAUAGUGCACCAGUGGCUUUUGUGCUUUCUGGGCUCUAUUCGUGUCCAGUUUUUGGGAACCGGUUUUGCAUUCAUGGAGUUAUCGGUUUCGCGCGACCAUGUUGUGAAGCGGAAAGACAGGUUUUUUCCGCGGAGGGGGGUUCAUGUACAUUGGGAUAUAACUGGGUUGUAAAGGUAAGCAAAAGUCGGCUACGUGUAGAUAUACGGGCUAGGCAUGUAAACAGUGAUGAUGUAUCAACGAUGAAUGAUGAGCUGUAUCAAAUAGCAAUGCAAAAUAUCUCCUC